UCUACUUUGCUGUGAGAGCUCUCUCAAAGGAAGGAUGGGGUUUUUUUCAUCACUGUUAAGGUUUAUCAGUGUUCUCUUCUAUGGAGAGAUCACUACUGACUUUAAACCAUGCGUUACAUUUUUCUACGCAGAAACGAUACCACAGGGCAUCAGUGGAGACGGCUACCAGGCAUUAUGUCAGCGCUAUGAAAAUCAAUACCACUUUGCCACCCUGUAUGACAGAAACCGUCGUAUUCCAUUGUUCUCUGCGUAUAUACUCAGUCCUGGAGGUGGACCUAGGCCCAAAAAUCCAAAAUGGAUGAUUGAACCAUGGCUGGUGCCAGUCAAUUCUAACACAGGAAUGGAGUACCAAAAACAUCCUGACCAAAAUGUGAAGGACAGCCAGGCAGUUAAUGAAGACUAUAAACACUCUGGUUAUUCCAGAGGCCACCUCGCCCCCAGCGGUCACCAACAGACAAAAGAAAACAAAGAGGCUACCUUCACCCUGACAAAUAUUGUUCCUCAAAUGGAAAAGUUCAAUAGUGGCCCCUGGAACACUUUGGAAAAUGAGAUGGCAGAGAGAUUUAACUUCUUCUGCAAAGAGACAAUGUAUGUUAUCACUGGGGCCAUACCUUAUGAAUCUGGAGAGCAUGUCAUCAGUAAAAGGGUGCACGUACCUGAGUAUAUGUGGACUGCUUACUGCUGCCCAACUCAACAGAAAGCUAGUGCUGCAGUGGGAAGAAAUGAUCCUACCAGUAAAGAUGACAUUGUGAAAAAAAACACCAAACAUGGCCAUGAUGUGAAGCAGAUGUCCUUGGAAGACCUGGAGAAGAUCCUGCAAAACAGGCUAAAGAUGCCUAAAAUGAGUCUCUUUAAAAAUACAUGGCUAUCCAUGACUGAUGGUGUUGCAUUUUGUCUUAUACACCAGGAACAUGUGAGUGGUUUGAAGACCAUCACAGACUACAAGGGAAACAGCGUCAGAUUGAGGGAGGUAACUGCUUCUCUACCUGAUGGAGCUGAACACCUUCUUCACAUCACAUCCUUACUCCCUGCUUCACUUGAUCCGCUCCAGUUUGCCUACAUGCCAAACAGAUCUACAGACGAUGCAAUAGAAAUUGCACUUCACACUCCCCUCUGCCACCUGGACCAGAAAAACACAUAUGUGCGGAUGCUGUUCAUAGACUAUAGCUCCGCCUUCAACACCAUCAUAUCAUCCAGAAUGAAACUCCGUGAUCUGAACAUCAGCUCCUCCCUGUGCAGCUGGAUCCUGGACUUCCUGACAGACAGACCUCAGGUGGUUAGGAUCGGCAGCAUCACCUCAUCCACACUCACACUCAGCACAGGUGGCCCCCAGGGAUGUGUGCUCAGCCCACUGUAA